GCUGUGGCUAUGUCGUGUACCGGGUUGUGUAUGGGCUAUAGGUGUGUUUGUCGUGUACCGUGUGUGUGUGGAUAGCAUAUGAGAGCCGCUGAGGGGGUCUGCCGUACCGCAGGGAGCGCGAUCGAAUCACGGCGCGCGCCUCCGCCGGAUCUCCUCUUCCUGCCGUCACACCCACUGCUCGGUGUUGUGGGUUCACCCCGUAGAGGAGGGGAGGACCCACAGCAGCAGAGAGUGCUGCAGUGCGAGCACAGCGGGAGACUUGCAAGCGGAGGGGAAAAACACACACACACACGUACAGACUCACACACACACGCACACACACAGACACCAGCAGGCUUAUUAUCGAAACUUGGUCUAUGGAGAAAUCUGCAGCGACGCCGUAGCGACGCAGGCCGACAUGGAAGAGUAUUUGCGGAGGGUCCAGAGGAGACUCAGGGUGAGUUAAACGCAGAUUGUGGCUGUAAGAAAUGAGACCAUGACGGGCAGAUGACUGAUACCGCCGUGCUACAGGCUGCGUUCCUGUUGCUGAAAUAGCGCACAGCAAAAAAAAGGGAAAAAGCCUCGCACGUCCCCUCGGCCCCCCAAAGCACCUGUAGAUCUUCAAAAUAUGACAGAACGGGGGGAGGAGGGCGUGUUUGGCCCCGUACAAUGAGCUCGUUGUGUUUACAGGAGCAUCAGUGUGUGAAUUUGAAUGAGGAGCUGAUUGCUACUGAGGGGGAGGCGUGACAUCAACAAGUUUAGCCAGAGGCUGUGCUUCACAGCUAUCUGGUUGCUCUGCAGAUAGUGACUCAUAAUUUGCAUUUGAUCCAUCUCCUCACACAUUUCUAUGGAAAAGCAUCAUGCAAACACUGAGCAGCCUAAUGUAUAUGGAUUAGCUGACUGUGGAUCCUUAAAGGUACACAUGUUUGCAUUUUGUAGUAGAUUAGAGAUGUGUGGUUCUUGUACAUGUACCUGUCUGUGUUUCUUGUAACCAUUCAAACUGUCACCUGCACAGAUGGUCACAUCAGGGAGCUCUGUCAUGGAUUACACUCAUACUUUAAGGCCCUGAGCCAUGGAGGCCCUUAGACUGUUUCUCCUGAAUAUGUCUGUCUGAAGGUCCACAUUAUCAGCGGCCAUGACAGUAUCUUUUAAUGGUUUGAACUGUGAGCACUUCCUUCAGUAUAGUAUGUGUGAUGAUGAAUCAUAUUUGGCUUUGGCGUGGGCUAUAUCUUUAUGUUUAUUCCAGAAUUUUUUUUCAGUGGAAGCUUGGCCAGGCUCAUAUCAAUAGCAGGAAUUGAUCAGAAACAAUGCUGUCAAUCACUAAAGGGUACAUAAACCAUUAUGCAGUAAGUGUCAGAGAGCAUUUUGCUGUUUUGGUCCAAAGAAACAGAAUCAGUCACUCAUGGGCAGAUUUGCAUGUUUGUACAAUGUUUUACUGACGUUCCACUACAAAUAUUGUCAUAUUUAGGACAUCGCCAUCAGUCACAUGCAUUUUUCCCCUUUAAUUCCCAUCUUCUGCAAACUAUACUUCCCCUUGUUAUCCUAAGUUUGUUGUGUUUGGGGGGAAGGCCUCCUUAUCAACUUAAUGUGGCUGAUCUGGAGCUUUGGGUGAAACCACAUGAUCUUUAUCUGCUGAUGAAGAUCAUGUGAACUGACUUAAAGAUUACUUCUGCCCAGCUGUAACAGAUUUACAGGAUUUCAAGUUUUGGUUCUUUUUUUUGAUUAAACACUGAGCCUCAGAAAUAGACCAAACAAACCAACCAUCAAGUCCACUAAGUUGCUGUUCAAAGUACAUAUGAUUGUACUUAACAGUCUCCACAGACAGGUAAAGGUGUGUAUGUGUAAUAGCUUACAUCAUACUGUUAUCACAUGCAGUAAGACACUUAUUAACUCGGCAUGUCAAAGCUAAAACAAACAUUCCUCAUAAAACCCAAACUGAUCACUUUGCAAAUAACACAAAGCUGAUAGUAUUUAUGUGUAUAAGACAGAGGCAGGCAGGUAAGAGCAGGUUUAGUUAGCAUGCAACUAAAUUGUGAUAUAAAGAAAGAAAAAAUAUAAACUUUAGAAAUGACUUUUCUCUAAGUUCCUUGAGAGGACUUAAACUUUCUGUUGACUCUUAUGGAUAAAGGCUGUUUCAGAUGGUAAGAUAUACUGACCUUCAUGUGUGUAUUAGCUUAGAAGUAAAAGCAGUUUCAUCUUCUUAUCAGUGACAUAUUUCCUUUUACAACAGGUCUGUUCACAGGGUUAUUCAGCACUGAGAUAAUGUAUGUACGAAUGUUAGCUGUCAUAGUGAAACCAUGUAAGCCGUCUUCUAAUCACACAAAUAGUGAAACCUAAAGCUAACAGAUUAGGUUGCUUCUUACAGGUAACUUUUAACUGUAGUGGUAACUGGCUAAAGGUGAUGUUGGCUAGGAAGUGAUUGCAAAUGUGCUAUAAGCUGUUUAAGUGAAGCUUCUGGUAUCUGAUAAGUAUUAGUUAUAUUAUUUUAACUUUGAAUGUUGUGAGAUGAUAUGUUUGUAGUGAACUGACUCUACAUUGUCAUGUUUCUUUGUUGGUGCCAGAGUUACAAGUCCGUUAUUAUGAAGCAUCUGACAUAUGGGAAUUUAGACAACACAAGCAAUAUCCACAUCACCAUCACCUUCACCUUCAGCACCAAACUACCAAGCGCUGAGUUGUUCACAAAGAGCUCGAUCAAGAAGUUCCUCAGAAGUAGAAGAGGACUGUUUGGAUUAAAGUGGUUGUGUCAGUGGACUACAGAGGAGGAGAGCUGAGUUUAAGUGCUCAGGUGUUCUAUAUAGAGUUGAAUCUGGAGCUCUUUCUGAAAGGACUCUGCAGAUCUAAUAGAGUUUGUAAUUCAUUCCACCACCGAGGGAUAACAGAGGAGAGUCUGGCUGAUGACUUUGGGUCCUGUUUCAAGGAUAGCACCAGCUGCUUUCAACUUGUAGAUCGAAGUGGACAGGAGGGAGUGUAGACCUGUUGUUUGGCAGGAGCAGUUUCUGUUGUAGUAGCUCUUUAGGGGAGAAGUAGUGUUUUAGAUUUGAUGUAGGCUGCUCCUGGAAACCAGUGAAGGGAAAUGACCAGCUGAGUGCCGCUUUAGGUUGGUUAAAGACCAAACAGACUGCUGCAUUCUGGGUCAUCUGCAAAGGUUUGACCAUGCACGCAGUACUAGUCAUGCAGCAGCCAAUGCACAAUAUUACAAGAGCUUGUGUUAUUUGCUCUUUUAGGUAAGGUCUGAUCCUAUUGCUGCGUUAGAGGCCAGAAACUGAACAUUAACCUGCAAGGAAAACUGGCAACUGGUGGUGCUACUUUUCCAUAUAAAUGACAGGAAAAUUAGUCGCUUCAGAACAACCCCAGGAAGUCAGGAUUUUCUUUAUCUACUGUCUUUUUUUAUUUUUGAGAUCCACUUAGAGUGCAGCUGUAUGACACUUCCUGAACAUGUCUCAUAUCAACUAAAUGGCUGCUGUGUGGAUCUGGACAUUGCUUGUGCAAUAAGCUUGCUAGUCUCAAUGCUAAAUGAUGGAAACGCUAAGAGGAGAGCUAGACAGGUGCAAAGACAAACAGGUAAGACAUACUACAGGUCUGCAGCAGCACAGAAACCAGGUUUUUUCUUUGGAUAUAGCAUUUAAUCGACUUAUUGCAGUUACAUUUUAAACCAUGCUGCAGUUCUAAGAAUAUUCUGUUUGUUCUCGUAAACACGACACACAUACAGUGUGAAUGGUCCCUCUAUUCCGAGCUUUUAAUCAGAGAGCAGUGGGAUGGUUAAGGAGAGCAGAAGAUCAAAGAAGCGAAUCUGCCGAUCAGAGCACAGCUGGCUAAUUUAGUGAUAAAGAGGGUAACUGAUGAUUGUCAUGGCAGCUGCAGAUAAAGCCGAACACAUGUCACGAUUAUCAACCCUUUCUCUCUAAUGCACGCACACACACACAUUAUACACACAGACACACUUUGUCUCUUGCUCCUCUGGCUCUCCAAUAUCAGCUCUGAUGAUUUGCUGUUUUGCUGACCACUCUCUCUCCCUCUCUCUCUGUACUCGCUGUAUGGCCUUCGUCCAAAACAUCCAUACCUCUAAUUGGCUUGGCUCUGAGUAUGUGCUGGAUCUGUCUUUCUAUCUUGCUCAGUUUUUCUCCGUAAAGCUCUAUCAUACAGUGCGAAGCUGAGGCAAUGUGCUGAGUGGACUUCCAGCAUCCAUCUCUCUCCGUGUGCACACUAACACACAUAGGCAAUGGCACCACUUUAGCCUUGUGGACCUCAAACAAACUUAUUCCUUAUUUCUGGUCUCUAUCAAGACGCUCCUGCAAGUGAGACAGAUAUGAGGGAUAAUUUUGGAAGAGUUUAUUAACACGGCUGAGCCAAAGGGAUAAAAUAAGAGGAAACUUUGAGUGACAGGUUGAUACUAUCUUUCAUUAGUUGAUGGAGCCCCUGUUUCAUAUAAGAUUAGAUUUUCUCUUUAAGACGAUGGUGGGUAAAUUAGAACUCUCAGAAAUGAGAAGUAGAGAAGAGAUCUGUUGCCACGUUUACAUGGGCAAAAUUUCUUGAUCCGAUUAAAAAUUUGAGGGAUCGGAUAAUCUGAAUCUUCUGUUUAUAUGGGUGCAAAAUCAAAUAAUCUGAUCAUGACGUGCGUUUAUUCAGAUUAGAGGCAUUUUUACAUGUACAGAGUUGUCUGAUUUCAUUAAAACAACAGCAGAGGAAGUGUUGUAAUCACGCCUGUGCUGUAACAAACCAACAAACACGGUAGUGAUUCACUCCAUCCAAUCAGGACUUUUCCCCCUUGUUAAAUGUUGUCACUAGAUGACGCCCUUGUGUACCUAUUUUACUGUUCUGUCAAAGGUUGCACUGUUCUUGCCGAUGUGACAUCAUUACGCUGUAUGCAGAGGCGGCCCAAGCCUCAAUGGGGCCCUAAGCAAAAUUUGAUUUUGGGGUCUCUAUUUCUGCCAAUAAUAUUGAUUGUUGAUCAUUCACACCUACUACAGUAUAAAUUUAAUGCACCUGACAUGUCUUUACACAUUUAACAUAAAUAAUACCAAUGCAGCCAUACAAAUAAUACCAAUGAAUGACUGAUGAAUGAUGCUCAUGGUGCCACAUAUGGUUUUAAAUCUCAAAAUGUAACACAUUCAGGAUGCUCAGUGCACACUGCACAGCAGGAGGCACAUAACGGUAGUGGAGCUUUGACAUAUCAGCAGUAAGAAUCAUAGGCCUACAUCAGCAGCAGCACUAAAAUGUUUUAAUUUUAUUACAAUAAUAUAUAUAUAAAAUAUAAAAAAUAUUAAAACUUUUUUUUUUUGAUUGCUCUUGGGGGCCUCCUACUGGCCGUGGGGUCCUAAGCAGGCGCUCAGUUCACUUAUGCCUUUGGCCAGCUCUUGCUGUAUGCACGCAUUGUUAUGUUAUAGGAGGAGCAGACACGGUACCUGCAGUUGUGUUUUAUGCCAGAGUGUUAAUGAUGAAACCUCCUGUACUGACUUUAAGAAAUAAGCUAAAGGCUAAUGAGUUGAUAUCGAGUUAGGUAAGAGAGUCACGAUCAGAAUAAGUGUUUACAUGGACGUGUUUCGGAACUAACGAUCGGCAUAAAUCCCCCCUCUCGAUCGGAAUACAAUUUCUUCCCGAUUGAGCCGAAUUGGAUCAGAAUCUUUUGAUCGAAAUGUCUAGGCUCAUUUUUAUUCUUAUUGGGCAUUUAUCCUGAUUUUUUGUGCCCAUGUAAACGCAGCUUGUGUAAUUGAUGGAUUUGUGACAUGUUCAAAGUGUUUCUUUGACUUCAAUCCAACCUCGUUUGUUAACUUAUUGCUGCUCCAGUGCUUGUGAGUGCCACAGAUGUAAACAUUAUAUAUUACACAGCAUAUUAAGGUUGUUAUUUAACCGCCCUGUGGCUUUUAUUACAGCCAAUUUCUGUAAGCAAAUAAAUCUUUUUUUUUGUUUUGGAGUGAAGUUUGGCUGAAAAUAUGCUGAUGCAGCUGGGCAUCUAGAGGAGAGUCAUAAGAUAUUCCAAAGCUGGCCAAUAGAGGAGAGGAGGAGAGGAAUGAAAGGGGGGGAAGGAUAGGCGAAGAGAGGGGUUAACUGUUGAGAGACGGAGAGAUAUAGCUCAGAAUGAGAGAGCACUCAGAUUGAAGGGUAUCAGAUGGCCAAUGCACAAUCAUGCACGCACAAAACACACACACGCGCACACAAACACUCAGAGAUGCUCUCCCACUCGCUGCAGUAUAACAGACACUGAGUGGCCUUUUCUCCAGCUAAUGCAUCUCUUCCCUUCUCUGACCAUCCAGUAUUGAUUUGCUCUCUCUCCCUCCUAUGAAGAAACCGGCUGCAGACCUCCUCCCCCUCCCCCUGUCUCACACUCACCUUCUCCUCUUUCCCUUCAGUUCCUCUUUAAAAUGUUCCCACUCUCUCUUUAUUCCCACUUAUUUUCCCUCACAUCUUCAUCUCAUUCCCCUAUCACAUUUUUCACCUGUUUCUCAUCCUUUCUGAGCCUUUAUACUCCUCUGAGUCAUCAAUCUGCUGCCUAUUCUCCCUAUAUUUUUCAUAAGCUUCUCACUCACAGUGCCUCAUAUCUCCAUUCGCUCCCCCUCCCUUAUUCUCACUCUAAUCAUGAACCUCUAACCUUUCUCCUACCCUCCCUCUCUCAUUUCUCCACACUCAUCUCAUCCGUAGUCUAAAUGGUGAGGUCCUGAAAAGAAAUAAGACACCAAGUUGUUUCUUUGCACAUCAUUACCAGUGCUUUAUUCAUCUCUGCCAUGCAUUAAGGCCUCUUCAAUCACAGGGUCCAUUAUACAUUACAAACAAAUGUGCUUAAUGUAAGCUUACAGAGCAGAGUCUGAAGAAAAGGAGGAUGAAUUAAUUCUAUUCAUGUUUUUAAAAAAAGCCUCAGAAGAACUUGUUUUGCAAGAUUUGCAUGCAGUAUCUUCACACUUGCAUCAUCAUAACUUUGUGUUUGAUUUCCUGCCUUCAAGGCAGCUGUUUCACACAAAAAAACAGACUUCAAGUCUUUUUAAAAGUAGUUCAUCCACCACGAGUUCAGCUGAUGUUUUCAUUACAGUUCUGUUGUUGCUCUGAAAGCUCUGAGAUUUGAUCCUCUAUAGGGGGGUUUGAACUGUCACUGUAGGUAUGAUAGACUAUAGGUUUAUGUUAUAUGAUAGCAUAAUAAGGAUAAUAAUGGUAUUAGCAGACCAACACUUGAAAGUUAAUGAGCAGUAUCAGCAGAAAGUCAACAUGUCCACUGAUCUUUAUAGCUUCUAAGGUGGCGCUCACAGUGACAGCUUUUGAGAUCCAGUAUGUUAGCUGUAUGGAAGUAUUAUGAAGUGUAGUAAACAGACAGCAAAGUAGCAAAAUGCCACUCCUUAAACACUACCUGUACUGACAGAAUGUACAGGUAUUCAAACACUCAUUCCUACCGUCUCCAUGUAAAGAUGAAACUCACCACACCUGUGCAACCCGCCCUGCAUAAUCCCCAAACUCCACCCACAACCAGAAAUAUUCACCAAUCAAUCAACAUGACAGACCCUCUUGAUACUGUUAAAUAAAAUGUAUAUCAAAUGUUAUAUUUUGACCAUAACUACUUAUUUCACCCUUUCUCACUCGGAAAUCAAACCCCUAUAAAUAAAACUGAUCAUGACUAAAAUGGCUUACACAUUCCUGGUUUGAUUGUGCUCUGAGGGACCCAGAAAUCCCCCCAAAAAUCCCAAAAUCUUAAAGAUUGGUAUUUGAUACUGUUUUUAAAGUUAUAUUUUAGGAUGUGUGUGUCUUAACACAGGACAGGAGAGUGGAUAGAGAAAAAAACAGGUGAAAAAGUGGAGAGUGACAUGCGCUUAAAGGACUGCAGGUUGAAGUCUAUAGUCUCAGUUCAUUGGUGCAACUAAACCACUAGCCAAACUGGUGCCCUCCAAAGCUACUCUAUUCUGCAUUAGCAACAACUGAGAGAUGUUUUUAAAACAGGACUCAUGACUGAAUCUGUGCCAGUUUGAGUCACCUGCAAGAAUCAAACCAAGAAACACAAACAGUCAGGAAACAAACGUGCAUCUUUUUCUUUUCUCCUGCUCCAUCCUCGCCCAUCAGAGAAUCCUACAAGCCCAUUAAGAUGAGCUGCAGAUAGAUGAGGUAUUCAUUGUCUCCACAUUUUGCUUCUUGAUUAAUGGUACAAGCUGCAGGGCUGUGAGUAAGCUGAUUCGUUUGAGAUAAAACAUUACGGACUGACACAGAUACACCUGGUGCAAGCUGGGAAUGGUUGAAGGUGAUCUUGUUUCCAAACAUCGUUGAACUUUUUCUCAUUAUCAUCAUUUUUAACAAGGAAACAUUUAUAUAUUUUGAGUUUUACAUCUCCUCAGAGACAUAUUUUGCCUACGACUUAAUGCUUCUUCAUAUAAACCUCUUUUCUAACGCCACCGCUGGAACUGCGCUCUGGAGGUUGGGAAUGGUUUUGUAAGAUCUGCUUUAUCUAAAAGGGGAGAAACUCAAUUAUCUGCCUUUUUAUCUCAGAGACGGAUGUUGAUCUCUGUAAUGUAGUCAUCAUUAAUGUCCACUUACACUAAAUGAGGAGUGUUUGUCUGCAUUGUUUAGUGAAAUUAAUGGAACUCAUCACUCCUCUGACAAAGCGUGUUACUCUCAGAUAGCAGUGAAAGCAUUUCUUCAGCUAAUUUAGACCGUUGCUGCGCGAGUUCCCCUAUCGUGAUGCGCACAUUGAGUAGCCCUCUCCUGCACGGCGUAGCGUUGGAGCAUCUUGAUGUCAUUAUUAAUGCAUACAGUUGGUUUGAAAAUGCUGCAGUCAUCUAACACAGCCACCCUGACUCACGAGUCACAAGCAGUAUCUAUAUCAGCUAUCACAACAAACAAUAUCAGCUAUUACUGCUCUCUUAGUUGGCUGUUUGAAGACAACAAGAUUAAAUAUCACUGACUGGGUUCUUAUCGGGUUUAUUUAGAAAUGAAACAGUGACCCACACACUGAUGCAAUUAUCUUAUAUAUUCUUGUAUCUGUGUGUUUCCAGGCAGACAUAUCAGAGGAUCCAGUCCACGCUGUUUUAGGCGGACCAGAGCCAGAUGUUGACACAGUGGCUGCGACUCUGUGCUUAGCACUGCAUCUCAGCCAGGUAACAUGAAACCUGUCUGUUUGUGUGUGUGAAUGUUUUUUUUUUUAGCAGGUUUAAGUUUGAGUGUUCAAAAGUUUAGAUCAGCUUCAACUUUUGUACCAUAAAUGUGAACAAUCUCUUAGAAAAUGUGGAUAUUAUCGCUCCUUUCUUUAACAAACUAGCGCUGUGUUUGAAAUGUACUACUUCUUCAUUGUAUAUAUUGCACAUGUUUAUGCAUUGGUAGCUAUAUUAUCAUCACUGAGCACUGCUUUAUUUCCAUAAGCUUCAUUUUGAUAAGUAGCCUUUCACUGCUGAGUAAAACAACACAGAACAGAGGAGCAGAAAGCCCAGAAAUAAUAAUAACAAAACAAACAAUAGCUGCACAAAACUGACCAAGUUUAAUACUGAGAGCACUUCUUAAUCUACUGACAGUCAGUGCAAGUUCUGCCUUUGCGAUAAUACAUAUCUUGAGCGAAGUGGAUUGUAGGUGGGGUGAAACAAGCAGCUUUUCUGCAGACACUCAUCUGUUAACAGAUGUCCUUUUAUUUUAUUUUGGUUCAUUUUGUCAUUAUUUAUAAAUUUUCACAAAUUAAAAUGUACAAGAAGGCAUAUUACCUCAUCUAUAGCAGAGUAACAAUAAUGAUUUCAAAUUAUAACUGGUACAGAAUAAAUAAAUAAACAAAUGGAGUAGUGCAGUUUCCUAAUGCAUCAAUUUUAAAUCAAAUUGUUCACAAUUUUCAGUUUCGUAGACCUCCAUAUAUGGACUCUACUAAGUUAUUAUCGUUCUUCAUGACAAUGUAAACCCGUCUCUCCAGAGCUAAACAGGCUGCAAGUUCCUUUUCCCACAGUCCAACAGAGGGUAUGGCCUUACUCUUCCAUGAUAAUGCCGCUUGUAGUCAGGGUCCUCAGGGUAUAUUCCAAAAACACAAAGUUUGGCUUGUAAAACUUUAUUAUUUGUUAAUCACCUUAAUUUGACAACAUAUUUCAUUUACAUUUUUAACAUAUCGUAUAGAACAGUGGUUCUCAACUGGUGGGUCCCGACCUAAAAUUGGGUCGCAGACAUGUUCUGGAUGGGUCUCAAACAGCUGGUCAAAAAAGUAAAUAUUUAAUGCACAUCUGAUGUUUGACAGAUAUUUUAUUUAAAAAAAAAAAAGCUUAUUUUGUGAAAUUUGAUAUUUAUUUAAUAUUUUAUAUUUUCUGUAUAUGCAACGUCCUUUGUUCAUGUGCUCUGAAAUGCACUUUACUCAAUAAAACGGGUGUAUAUGUGUUAAAAAUUUGAGUCUUUAAAGGUUUUUUUGAUAUAAAAAAUAAAUCUGCUUGGUUUGAAUUCUAUAAAAGUGGGUCACGACUUCAGGAUCAGGAAAAUAUGGGUCCCAGAGUGAUACCAGUUGAGACCCACUGAUAUAGUCCAUGCAAAUAUAAUGUGUCUGAUUCUGAGUCAGUAUAUGAAUGUUGGUUUUGCUGGGUUCGGGUCUGAUCCAGAAGAUACCAUCAGGAGAAGUGUGUGUUCCGGUGCUGUGUGGACGUCAGUGUGACCAUGCCCUGCCAGGGGAGACGGUGAGGUAUCUGCAGACUGUGAAAAUUAGUGAGAGCUCGCUGCUGUGGAGGGAGGAUGUAGACCUCAUGAAGCUUCAUCACUCCGGAAAACUCUCUCUGACACUGCUGAGAGAUGGACUGCUGGAUGGGUAAACACACUCACAGAUGCAAAUCAGAACAACACACACACACACAUCCACACACACACUAGUUCAAGCAAUCUUUAACUUUUCAUAGAUGGGACUCCAGGGAAGUUAUUAAAAUCUUACCUGGAAGAGGUCUCAGUGAAUUUAGGAUGUUUUAUGUUCCACUGGACAACACCGAUCAAUGUGCGAAGCUGAAGCGCACACACAUAUGCACACACACACACAAACAUUAGCAGACACUGUGGGCUCUGGUUUACAAGACUGUAUUUGUUGAUGCAUAAAUGAGAUUGAGAGUGCGUUUGGGUGUGUAUUUCUGGCCUGUGUGUGUGUUCAUCACUCAUGACCCAAAGGGGAGUUGCAUUUAUGCAAAUUCCUCACAAUCAUCUCUCCUUCCCCUGCAGCCUUUCAUAACUCCUUCUCUCCUUCUCUCCUCUCUCAGCUCUGAGUACCACACUCUGGAGUCCAGCAUCCUGCGAGUGGUCCAUCACGACGGGCAGCAGGAUGCAGGGGAUGAUGGGGCACCGUCCGCCGUGACAACAGUCGCCAGGGAGAUUCUUCAAGAGGCAGCAGAGCACGUCGGAGCAGUGCUGGGGGAGACUCUUGGAGGUAAGGGGGGGAGACACAAGCGCACCCCCAGGGGGGAGUAAUGGGGCGGUGAGGGAGGACACACACAAAUCCCCUGACAUGACUCGCUUAACACCCACCAGGAGAGAUGGAGAGGGGGAGAAAUGAGGGGGAGGCGGCGGGUGUGGGUGAAGAGGAGUGCAGAAAGACACACAGAGCUCAUUUACGGGAGUCUGACUCUUUUUGUGAAGUUGGUUCAGUCUCUUGGUUUCAGUCACUUCUUACAUGUGGUAAAAAAAAAAGUCAUGAAACAAAUCAGAGAAACCUGCUCAUAUUUAAAAAAAAACAACAGGAAAAUUAAAUCAAGUAAAAUAAAACAACUAUGUGAGUUUUAUUUGUGAGUCUCUGCACAAUUUCAUGCGUCUGUGUUAGCUGGAGUCCAAUAAUAUUGAUAACUAAUAACACACAGACAAAUGAACCAAGAAUUUCUGAUGGAAGAAAAGUGUAUUACAUGUGGAGAAGAAAGAAAAAAUGAGCAAAGUGAAGUCGACAAACCCCGAGAGAAGAAAAGAGCAGGAAAUUGAUGUUCUGUUUGUGGUCCUAUUCUCAUAUUUCUCUGUGAGAGUUCUUUGGAUGGUGCAUUUACAAGAUUAUUGAUUCCUAAAGAGAUCAGUAGCUCAUCUUCUUUAUUCUCACGCACACCCUCUGACAAAAAGUACAACCAGAAAUAACCGGGAACUUUUGACGUCUUCCUGAAUAGGUGAUUAGCUUUGUCAGUCAGUUCGAAGAAGAUCCCAGCUGAUCAGUGUCUGCGUGUUUUUGUGUUAUCAGAACUUUUGUAGCAGGAAUAGAACGUAAUCAGAUUUUUUCACAUUGUUAAAGUACUGAAUGUAGACUUUUCUGUCUGUAAGAGUUAAUGACUCCCUAAGUUUUCUGGAUUUAAAAACAUAAUUUCACGCCACAUUUGCAAUUUUUAGUUGGCAUUGUAUUGUAACAUACUCAUACUCAUAGAAUCAAGAAGCAGCGUCUGCAUAUCUGAUCAACACGUGUGUUUUAAUGUCUCUACGUUUCUGUGUGUGCAGAGGCCCUCCGGCUGCAAAGCGAAACUUUAUGGAUCAAACAAGGUCGUCAGUCGUCACGGCUGCAGGAGCUCAUGAGAUCCUUGGAGCUUCGGAGUGAUGUCACCGCAGGUCAUCGUGGUGAUGCAAAGUUAAAAGGUGCAUAAUUGAAUAGAAACGUGGAAGAGUUUGACUCUUGUACAGGGAGAGGACUUUAUCUGGUGAGCAACUUGUGCGUGGCACCAUCCUGGGUAGUAGACGUCACAUUAUAAUAGGUUGGACUGAAGAUUGACAGCCUCUGAUGAAGGUAUCUUGAUGAAGGCCUGUAAACUUUAAGUGUAAACAUGCUGUACUCUUCUUCCUUCUCCUGAGAUCCAGCUCUUUCUUUCUGGUUCCUCCAAAGCUUCUGACCCCAGCAAAGGUUCAUCACCCCAAUCAAUUUCUUACAGUCAGUUCAGUCCAACCUCUUAUGAAUACAGAUCUAUAAAUCAUAUCGACAGAGCAUGGAUAUCUUCUGACUCCUGUUUUAUCCUGUUAUUGUCGUUUUAUGGAAUGUAAAGAGAAAUCGCCACACUUCACAUCAUUAUUAACAGCACUCUUUGUCAGGUUAGAUCUUCAUAAACAGAGUGUCAGCUGUUGGGAGUUUGACUGAAAUUGGACACAUUCAUUCUAGUGACCUUAAACCUUUGAGUGUGACAUUUAGUUUUCUAUGAAUACAGUAUAACUUAAGUCCCUUCUUACUCCCCGGAGAGGACAUUCAUGCUUGUGUUUUCUCUGUCUGUUGUGACACUGUUUUGUAUUUUUGUGUGUAUAUAACUGUUAGUCUGUUUGUGUGUGCUGACUGGAUGCAGACUUGGAGCAGCAGCUGACUGUGGAGCUGAAGGAGUUUUCUGAUGGAGAGAUGACCGUGGCGCUCACUUCAGUCACCACAGAUAAGGAGGUACGUUUUCAUCACCAAGGAGUUAAAACUGCUGAUUAGUAGCUCAGUGAAUGAAUCAUAUUAACUUUAAGAGGUUUUUAGGUUUAAACAUUUUAGUCUUUCAUUUUGAACCCGAAAGUGGCGCCCCCUGUGGAUGAAGCAGUCUUUGCUUACCCUGUCCAAGUCAUGACAAAACAUGUUACUCUUUUUGCGAUCAAAUUUCUAAUUGUUAAUCAAUUUUUAUGAAGAAAUUGUAAAAACAGGGUUGUUUUUCCAGGUUUUUGAGCACACCUACCCCUUUGUACAAGUUUUAGGCAUUAAAAAUUACGACAUAACCAACUGAGCAUUUUUUGGUCCAAAAGAGGUCUAAUAGAUGUCUAAAUUUUACCUUGACGACUGGUCUAAAAUCAGGCUACCACAGGUCUAAAAAUAAAAGUUUUUUUAAGACGUCUAAAUUUAGACCAACUUUAGACAAAGUCUAAAUCUGGGCUAUAUCUAUACUACACUGUAUAUUGCUCAAAGGCUAUCAUAAUUAUUUUGGUUAAGUACCUGGAGAUCAGUUAUGCAACUCACAGUUGCUUUUUGAAAUAAAUAGUUAUGAAAUAAUGGGUCAAAGUGAAACAUCUAAAUUCUGUCUAAAAAUAAACAGAAUCUAGACGGUUGAAAUUAGGUCUUAAAGAAAAACUAGAUGUCUAAUAGCCGUCUAUUUCUCAUUGGAAAAUAUUGUAACUCUUGUCACUGAUGGUGUUGUUUGCAUUUAGGUAUCUUGAAAAGGCAUCAGUAUGAGUUUCAGUCUAUUACAUACACAUGAAAAAACUCCUUAUAGGAGCUUUAAGUUGCAAACGCUGACAAAGAGACAUUGGUGCUUAUAAAUAUUGUUAAAGGUCAUAUCAGUUAUAUCGAUUUUUUUAGGAGUGGAUUGUAUUGAGAGGACAUUUGAAGACAGACAGAAAGUGCAGGUAGCAGGGGAAGACAUACAGCGGGGAGUCGAACCAGAAACUUCUGUGACGGAGACUUAUAGCCGCACACUCAAACCUGUGGUCCAAACCAUGGGGUUUACGAUGGUGUAUAAUGCCGCUGCCUUCCCUUUGUUGGAUACUUUUCAAGAAGCAGAAUAAAACUUCUGUAAUCUUUAAAAGACUGUAAAACUUUCACACAGGAAAACUGUUUCUUUUUCUAAAAGUUACUUUGGAUUGCUUUAAUGUUUUGGAUACAUCACACCUGCGCUGUCUCAUUUUGGGGAAGGAGCCCCUCUGAUGUUGUGAUGUUCUGCAUUUGGAUGAGAUGUAGAUGUAGGCACACACCCAGGUACCACCUGCCUCCCCACUGCUCCCCUAAAAUCUAACACAGGCGCCACAUCACACACUUUCUUAUACAUCUGUGAAUGUUUGUGUUGACUUCUUUAUCUUUUUGUCUCUGUUUCACUCGUGCUCAUUUGCUCUCACACACACACGAACACACACAGAGGGUGCUUAAAGCCUUUAAGCCUACCCCUCGCUCUUCUCCCUGCUGCAACUUCUAAUGUGCUCACCCCCUCCCACUACCACCACUACCCCCCUAAAAAAAAUCAUUCAUUAUUUCUUUUAUAUCUCCUUCUCCCUUCCAAAGCCCAUUUUUCUCAGCGGCUGCCUAGCGUGCGGUAUUAGGCUAUGUGUAAAAUAAAUGAUGUCUGUAGCCGUAGGGGUAUGGCUCUGCCUCCCCCAGAAAACUACCUAACGUCCAAGGAACAUUAAACACCCAGAUCCUCGUUUAGCGAAUAAAUAACCAUUCAUUUGAAUGGCUUUGUCUGCGUGUGCGCACCGGACUUUCUGUGCAUAUUUUACCAGCACUGUGCCUACAUGCUGUGUGUCAGGAGCAAGAGAGAGAGAGGGAGAGAGCAAGAGAAAGAGAGAGAGGGCCCAUUAGAGACUUAAUAUAGAAUAAAUGGCCAGGGGCCUCUGUGUCGCCAGCGGACCCUCCAACUCCGCAGCGUCAUGGUGGGUUACUAAUGACCUGAGAUCGGGCUCCAAAAUGAACUCCUUAUAUUCAUGUCAUUUGCAGUGUGUAUAUAUUUAUAUAUUAUUUUUUAAUUGUGUUUGAAAAGAGAGUAAAACGGUAUGAGUGUCAUUUAUUGAGGGGGCUUAGGGAAGUUCUGCCUUAAAUGAUUCUUUCCAGAAAACUAAAUAAAUUAGAUUCAAUUAGUAUUUAAUGGUUUAUGUGUUAUGUGUUUGUCAAAGUGUGUUUUUGUGAGUGUGUGUGAGUGUGUGUGUUUGAUGGCAGUUAAAGAAGAAAGAGUCAGAUUUUGGCUGUGAUUGCCUACUUAGCAGACGGAAAAAGCGUUUGUGUGCUUGGUGUAACGAUAUGGACACAUCGUAUAGACUGACUAAUGUACUUCUUUAUCCCGUACGAUCAUACAUUAGACAGUGUGUGUGUCUACAGCGUCUCUAUAAAUCACAGCGUUCGUCAGGAUGUUCCUCUGUGACAUUUUUAUCUGCUUAUCAAUGUGAAGCGAACGAUGAUUUGACACUGUCGGGUCAAUUAUUGACAUCAUUCACCAAAUAUUUUCUUUUAAAGCUGAAAUAAAAAGUAUUUACAGCUCAAGAACUGAAACGAAGAAGUGUCAUACGAUCUACUCUUGAGCAACAAUUGUAUGAACGGUCUCCUCAGCUUUGGGAUGAGUUGUUUUGUACAGCUGAAUUCAGUAAGUUACAUUGCAUACAGGAGAGAGAAAGCAAUGAUUUGUGCAGUCAAAACAUGUGGCUCUAGGUUAAAGCUGUCACAUACUUCACAUACUUUCUCCACCUUAUCUAUUUCCUUAAGGUUUUAUAUGUUGUAGUUAUCAAAGAAAAUAAGAUAAAGCAAAAAAUUCACAGAGCAAUAACUCAAAAUGUCAUACAUUUAACUCUCAGGCUGACUCCUGCUUGAGUCUUUAAAGCCCAGGCUGUUAUUUAUUGUCAAAAACAGUGGACUUGAGCUGCCUUUGGUGACUAUAAAAACAAGCAGCACUUGAUAACUCAUCCUAACGUAAGUCUCAAUAAACUCUAGUGGUCAUAUAUCACAUGAAGCUUUGCAUGAACAGUGACUUAAGGGAGAGUGAUAGUAAAUUAAAUCUACUUUAUCAUUUCCCAAUUUUUAAUUUUUGGAUAUUUUCCUGAGAUUUGAAAACAGAUUAAACUCUAAACUUACUGUUUUGUAUAUGUAAGAAUACAUAGUAGGAAAUAUAUUUAUUUGGCCCCCGUGUGCAGAGCUCGCUUGUAGAGCACACGGUCUAAUAAACUGAGAACAGAACUGUGUCAGUUUAGAGACACUGCAGGAGCCAAUCAGGUCAAGUGCUUUGCUUAAGGGCACAAAGCCAUUACACCGCAUCACCUGUAGAUGUAAAGCUAAGACACACAUCUACACAACAGUAACAGUGAAAAAGAAAACUUCUCAUGUCUGUUAAAGGUUUAGUGUAUCACUCACAUAAAACCCAAAAUAAAACACAGUAAAAACACAUUAUUCACACGUUCAUUCCUGUGUGUGUGUGUGUGUGUGUGUGUGUGUGUGUGUGUGUGUGUGUGUGUGUGUGUGUGUGUGUGUGUGUGUGUGUGUGUGUCAGGUUUUCAUGGCUCAGUAAUUAGCGCUGGCAGAUGAAACAUUGGUCGGAUAAAGAGUUGUCAUGCUGUGGAGUUGAUGAACUGUAGGAAGGACAGGAGCCCACAGCUACACACACAGACACACACACACAUGAAUUAUGUGUUUUGCAUGUAUUAAUACACAAAAACAUGAAAGUGUCUCGAUAGUUUUAAAACUUCUUGAGUUUAUCUGUAUUUUGCGAAAGAGGAGAGAGAGGGAAAGUGAUGAAAGUUGGCAUUUUGGCAAAAUAUGUUUUUGGGAUGUUGUUUGUUUUAUAUUUGUUUUAAGCAAAUUUUAUUAUUUUUCGUAAUUUGUAUGUGUAAAUGUUGUAAAUCCAGUGCGUAUGUGUGUUUGUAGCACAUCGAGGACUGACAUUUUUUGGAUUUUCUUAACUUUCCUUUUCCAUUUUCGUCCCUAAUGAUCUAUGUUGUUGAUUUGUCGGUUCUGGCGUUUCUGUUCAUGCUUCUGUGUCCGUCUCUCCAUCUGAGGUACGCUUUAGGUUCCAUUUUGGCGACGUUGAUUGUCUCUAAUGUGUUGUUUGUUCAAACUCCUCCGGCCCUUCUGUUUGUUUAUGCAGGGCCAGUUUUGCCCUAUGCCGCUUGCACAAAUAAUUAUGCUGGCUAAUGAAGGGGCCCGCAGCCACGGCUCUCAGUAAAUGCCUUUCUGAUGAGAGGCAGUAGGAGACAGCAGGUGCAGGGUGGGCCUCCCAGGGACUAAGAUUGAAGACCAGGAAGUCAGGGUGCCACGCGCCUCCAUCCUCUUAGCUUAUUAUUCCUCUUGAACUUCCUGUUUUUUUGCUCUUUGUGUUAAUCUUGUUAAGGAUAAGUAGACACAUUUCCUAAUUCUGUUUAGUGUUAUUUUUCUCAUAACUCUUGGUGCUAAUUCAGAGAAUCACUCGAAGAUUCAUCAGUUUUAUCCGCAUCAGUUUAACACGAUAAAAUGAACUUUUUCCCAAACAAAUUUAUGAUGUUUAUUUACAGACUUUGGGAAGAAGUCGCUGCACAAGAAAGCCAUCAAAGUGUUUCUUAAGUAACUUGUACUGAUGUUGUUUUCUCAUCAUCUUCUCCUCUGAAACGCUCGCUCUUUCUCUUCCCCCAUUUCCAUUCUCCCCCUGUGGCUUCCUUGGGCUUUGAGGGCAAACAAAUAAACAAAACAAAACAUUUAUAGACUCAGCGCUUGUAUAUUGGCCCCUAAAUCCCUGUACUCAGAGCUGAGCGAAUGAAGCAUGCGGAGAGGGCCCAUAUGAAAAAGACAGACAGAAAGACAUUUGGGCUUCCUACUUUACAAACUUUUACCCCCUCCCUUUUUCCCUCUGUCUCUCCAAAAACUUCAUAAGCACUAAUACUCUUGUGUACGCGUGUGUGCGCAUGAGUGCGAAGGACUGCCAUGACUCUUGGUUUGUGUGUUCGAUUGUGUCUGGGUGCACGUGCGUGCGUGCGGUAUAUGUGGCACAUGUGUGUGCGUGCAUUUGCAUGCGUGUGUUUGAGCAGGGUGGUGUCAGCUCGCUCCUUGCCACCCCAUUUGCUGUAGCUGUACCGCUGUGAUCACAGACAGAUGUAUAAAUCAAACCUCGCUUGAUGGAUUCAUCAGGGUGGCGAAACGAUCGCCUGAGAAGAACUCACAACUCUCUUAGCGUUCUGUGUUCUGACGGAAAGGGUAUGCAAAGAGCCUAAAUGGAUGAACGCUUGAUUAAUUCUUUGCCGGAGAUGUUGGCGACAGCAGGAAAUGUGUUUUUGCUUUGACUGUGUUUGCACGGGAAUUUACGCGCGCGGGGCGUGAGUUAUGAGGCCUGAGUUUUGUACCUAAGGCUAUUGUGCAUAAUGAUGGCAGGUUGGGAGAACUGCAAGCAGCCGCUAAAGACUUGCUACCUGUGGAGCAAAGACAACUAAAGAGGGAGGGAGGGCUUGUGAGUGUAUGCUUGUGUUCGUGCAUGUGCGUGUGUAUGUGUUUGUGUGCGUGGAUCGUGGCCCAAAAUGGGUGAAAGAUGAAGCCGUAGAGUGUUAGAGGAGGUGAGGAAGAGGCAAAGUGUUAUGGGGACACACAGGUGAUGAAGAAACUGCGGGCAGUGAAAGUGUCUUAGAGGGAAUUAUGCCAAACAACAGAUUUAAAAUACAAACUUAGUUUACAGAGAAAAACACAAAUGUUUGAUUGAAAUUUCACAAGACAUGGCGGUUAACGUAAAGUUAUUACUCUGAAUGCUUCCUCAUUCAACAACUUUAUUAUGGCUUUAAAAACUAAAAAUUUAAAGGUCCUGUGAGGAUUUUUUUAAAGAUUUAUAAAACAGACCAAAAUUCACAUUUAUGCCUUUUUAAAGUGCACAAAAGCAAACAAGACCACUAGCAACAAGAUUUACUAACUUUAUAUAGUUAUUUUUAUCACAUGAAACCUGUAUGGGAGGGUCCGUGCAAGCCAAGCAGAUGAAGAAAGCAUCUUUUUAAACAUUUUCAGUAUUAAAUAUUCACAAUACUUCAACAUUUUGAAUGACGAGAGUCAGCAUGAUGUAAUAUUUUUGAUAAGCAAAGACCCUCUGUUGAGGCGGCGCCAAAACUGACACAUGCCUAAAGUUUCUCACUGAAGCUUUAAAUGUGACUUUUAACACCACCUAACACUCUCCAUAUUUGUUCUGCUGUCACAAUCAUCACUUUACAAAUACUCUGAACUUGCUAUCACAAGUUCAAAUGAAGUGAUUUUUGAGUCAUUUGUGAGUUAAUCAGAUCCAUUCAAAAGUUAUUAGUAAUUAAAUCAUCACUCCUGUCCACACAUGUUCCAUAUAUUUGCCUAUGGCUCCAUAUUGUCUUUCUAGCAUUUUAUUUAGGAAUCAUUCUGGACAUUAUCUUUAAAACUAUUGUUUCAAACUUUUUCUUCUCAUAUUCUCAGAGUAGAACUCAGUGGUGAAAAACUUGCUCUUACAUUGCUAAAACACAACUAUCUAAAGUCGACCACCUGCUCUCAAAGACUUACUUUUUCAGUCGCUAUAUAUUUAAAACGAUUCCCAAAUUACAAAUAAAACCAAGUUGUUAUAGUCCCUCCUUUAAGUGUAAUGUUUUUGACUACUUACUCUUUAAAACUUAAUCAAAACAUCAACCUUCAUGGUAUUAAAAAUCAAGCUGGAGUAAAAAAUAAAGCUUUGAGCUCAGAGGUCAAAUCUAUGUUGGAAAAUUCUUAGUUUACCAAGAGUUCAACAAAUGGGAAACAGGUUUCUGUGUCCUGAGCUCCUUGGAGACAGUUAGCAAGUGGAUUUUAUGGCUAAUAUGUUGGUAAUUUAUAAGAAAAGGCAAUCUGUGUAUCUGGGGGUGGCAGAAAAAAGGAGGAUGAGGAGGGGGAGGCAAUAUGAGUAGUAAUUUACUCAGUUAAGAGCCAAAUGGCAGACAGACUGUCGCCCUGCGUGUUAUCUCGCAGAUUUGCACUCUGCUCGUUUUCUGACUACAUUUCCCUGCCUGUGUGUGUGUAUGUGUGUGACAAUGUGUGUGUGUGUGCAGUUUGUGUGCACAUGCACACAGUUGGGGAGUAGCUUGAGAGCAUUAGCAUCAUUUGUGAAUUUCUUUGUACAGUGUACUGUAAAUCAUGAAGACUUUAUUGCUUUGCCAGAGCUCAUAUGUGUACAUACUGGUACAUGUUUGAUCACUGGGAUUACAGUAGAUGACUACAGGCGGAUUUAUGUGUGUAUCUGCAUGUGUUAGAGUUUUAUGUGCCUUUACUUGUGUUUGUACUUCUGUGAGUGAAUAUGUGUGUUUUAACGAAUCUGAGGAGGCUUCAUUGCACUCAUCAGGAUAUCAGAGUUGAGAAAUGGCAGUGUCAGUGAAAUGACAGUUGUGCGUGCGUGUGUGUUUGAGGAUUGAUGGGCCCGAGUUUGACAGCAGCCAUAUUGCAGAGAAAGAGAAGGAUGGGAUGAAGGGAGGAUCUGGGGGAAGUACUGUAGCCCCCACGUCCUCACAGGUUAAUAUUGACACAGCCUGGGCAGAAACAAAGCCUACAGCGCUCAUCAAUCACUCUCACUGGACCCAUGCAAAUGCACUCACACACGCUCAGACUCAAGCAGAGAGGGACCGCACACACAAGGAAAAAACACAAAAGCACGACUAUUUGGAUUGAUAUCGUAAAAAAACAUAAAUGUGUUUUCAAGAAAUCUCUGAAUGUCAAAGCUCAGUCUGCCUCUCCCUUUCUUCUUUUGUCUGAAAGUUCUACUUAAAUAAGCACAACAACAAUUUUACGAACUUUAUAAAACAAACAGUUGCACAACAAAUCUAUAUUAAUCAAGCAAAUAUGUUUUCAAAAGUAUCACUUUGCACAUUUUAUGUGUAACCCUGCGUUGCAAAUUAUGGUUGCAAUAACAUUGUUGUUAAUCAUUUCAGAAAGAUAGAAAAAGCAAGUUCCCUUGACAAACAAAACAAUUAAUUAAUGCAACUUUCUGUCCAUCAAUCAUUGUGCGUGUCACUGAAUUACCAUAAUCUGUGCAUGGUGGCUGUUUUAAGAGCAAACAGAUAAUUUCCAAACUAUAAAUCACAAAGUGUCUCUCUACCCCUCUGUGAGCUUUGACAGCUUCGUCUCUCAUCGCUACAGAUGAAGGCUUGCUUGAAACCACUCCACUUUUGGAGAAACUAAAUCAUAUGGGCAAUAAAAGGCAGGGGUCUAACAAAGUUUCUUCUACAGCUGUAACCAAAAUGCUCGGAAAUGUUUAUUAAUCAUUUAGAAACUGUUAAAAUCGUUUUAAGAUUGCGUUGUCAGCAUGAGUUCUUCAGUAUAGUAUCUACUUUACCACUAUGACUUCAAAUCCAGUUAUCUUAUGCAUUUCCAUCUUUUUUAUGCAUUCUCGACAGGACUGGCGUGUUUAUGAGGAUGUUUUAAAAUCAUUCAGUCACCGUCAUGGCUAUGAUGGUCUGGUGGUUCUCCUGUCAAUCGAUGAUACACUACAUCCUCCUCGCCAACAGAUGGCUGUCUACUCAAGCAACUCGGAUAUUCUUAACCAGGUGAGUGAGACGUAAAAGUUUGUGUUAGUUUCUGUCACAGGAACUGAUUGACUUCAAGACUUACCCAUCAAUAAAUGAAAUGAAAUGGAAAAUGCACUCAUCUGCUGACUGGUGUAUUAAGGUUAGAAGAUAGAUUUGUCUUUUGUAAGUGCUGAAUACACUGCUGAAGCUUCUGUAGCCCAGGAGAUCUUUUUAUUGUUGAUCAGAAAGAGACAAUGGACUAUACUAUUUUUUUUCCAUUUUAUAAAAUUAGAAAUUAAAGAUGAAUUGUGUUAAUUAUUGAGUUUAAAAUGGAUUAAGAGGCAGGUUUCAUUACUUUUAAGAGUUGUUUCUACUAACCAGCAAACUACUUUUUACCAUGGCCUCCCACACUGAACUGACGUCAGAGGUGUAUUUAAUGCAAAACAACCAAUGAAUGGGUCCCCAGUCUUGCUCAGUUGGUAUCACAGGAGCUUUAUUUUUAGAGGCUGCAGUCUUACCGGUCUUGGAUCUAGUGCACUCGCUCUACAACAUGUCCUGUUUGCUCCUCUAAAGCUGCCCUAUCAAACAAAAGUGAAAAAUAAUUAUACUAUUAGUGUAUUUCCAGAAUUGACAAAAUUUUGUAUUAAUGUCAAAAUUCGUCAACCCAGUGUCUUUCAUUUCAGAUCUGCUGUGAGUUGGAAGAGUGCUCCAGCUGGUCUCUUUCAGGCGAACUGGAAGCCAAGGAGAGUCUCCAGUUGUAUCACAUUCCUAUAAACACCACUGAGUCUUCUGGUACUCCUCUGCUGCUGGUGGAAGAAAUACGGGGCCUCCUCAAAGACUUUGUGGACAGGCGAAGCUCCGUCUUGGCCUGCCAUCCCAGCAGCAGGACCUCUUCCACGGAGGGAGUGGCGGGCAGUGUGGAGUUCUCCCAGGGAUCGUCAGGGAUUAAUGACAUGGAUGGUUCAGACAUUGAGAGAGUUGAGGAAGGCAGUGGAGAUAUGGUAGCAAUCCCAAGGUAUUUAUAUUAAUCCAUUCCAUACUACACCUAGUUUCAGUGGUACUUUCCAAAACUGGACACAAUUCAAUGACCAUAUGGUUUUAUCUCUGUUUAUAGGGUGAUGCCAGAGGGUGAAGAGGACACAGGAAGUGUGGGAGUUGGUGCUGUGGGGGAGCUUGUGAGCCCUGACAGUGGUAUGACCACCAUCCGCAGCAGCCGCUCCUCCAAAGAGAGUUCAGUUUUCCUCAGUGAUGACAGUCCAGUUGGGGAGAUCACAGGUGCAGGGUUAGCAGCAGGACCAGGAGGACUCUUCCUAAGAAACCCCUCACCCCUGGGUUUAUUAUCGCUCUCCCCUCCUGUCCCACCUGAGAGGAGGAAGCACCAUUCAAGCAGAAAUAAGAGUGACAACUUUGACCUGUUUAAUUUUGACCCACUGAAUAACAGCAACCUCUCGAUGCCAACAGGAGGUGAUCUGCCAGGUUCUGGACCUAAAGGAGAUGAAAUAGAAAGAAGAACAGGGAGUGACAGCAUGUCAGAACUGGAGGAGCUGAGCUUGCUGGAUUUUUCUGCUCCCAAUUCAUUUGGCCGUCUUGAAAGUAGGAAUUCUUCAAUUGACCACCAUGGUAACAUGAUUGACACCGUGGUUCCUCCAACCCCCGUCAACAGUGUUGUAGGUAGCCGCCCACCCAGCAGCUGCGGGGUCAGGUUUUUCCCUGAAGAUGUGGUUGAAAGGAUCAAUGGCCUGCAGCAAAAGGACAGUGUGUCAUCGUCACUGUCAGAGACCUGGGACGAACUUGGCUUUGACACACAUGGAGCAUUGUCAUCAAGUGAUAGUAACGUCUGGAAUAGGACCAGGGAACGUGAGAGCCCGGAGAAUAUCUUGGAGGAUGAUGGAGGGAAAGAGUCGGCUGAGAGUAGGACUGAAGAGGAAAACAGAGAGGAGAUCCUACAGCGCGAGAGCACCAACCAGAGAGGACGGAGUCUUGAACCCCAACUUAGUCUGAUCACCGAGCAGACUGAAUCCUACGAGAGCUGGAACACAGAGUCUGUCCUCAAAGAUCAGUGGAAUCCGGUGACUAUGGCUUAUCUGCAGUUGACUCCACCAGAGGAGGAAGUAACCGGACAGUGCAGGACUGGUAGUAUUAGAGUGAAAGAGCAACCAUCCUCAAUGACAAGAAAAAAAGCUGUUUUAAACACCCUAACACCAGACACAUCUAAAGAAGAGGAUGAGGGGGCGCAAGGGAAAAAAGGAGACAGGCAGAUGGAACUUCUGGACUUCUGGACUUACUCAGCUCAGAAGGGAUUUCUCAAAUCAGACAGUGGGACCACUACAUCAUACCCUGAAUCAUUAGAUAUGUGGAAUAUGACAAUACGGGAUGACAGUCUAUCUCCUCUAACCACCCCGGAUAACUUGUCUGAACACUCAGGUUCUUUCUGUGGAGUGAACCCCAAUCACGGAGCUGGCGCGUCUGUGGAGAGUCCACUUGGGUUCUCUGAUGGUGGCAUGGCAAUGUGGAACACCACCAUACAGGAGGACAGCUCCUCCACUAUAACAAGCCCUGAAGGACCUGAUAAUGAAAAGGACAGCAGCCACAUGGGAUCAAUGGAUGCUAGUGAUUCUCCUGAGACGCACUCUUGCAAACAGUUGGAGGAAGACAAAGAGGUGAAGAAGGAGAGCGGUACAAAUGAAGGGUGGAAGACUUCUGAAGAAGCAUGUUGGAGAGCUAACGAGCACAAUGUGAAAAUUGUCAUAGACGUGGCUGAAGAUGCAAUACAGGAGGAAGACGUAGACGAUGAUCACAUCAAAAACCAAGAGUAUUGGCCUUCAAAGCACUCAGAAGAGGGCGCUUCCUCAAGCCACGGUACUGACAUGUGGGACUUGCCUGUUCCCAGCAUGACCACCUCCACUUCAGAGUAUGACAAUGUGGGAGCUGGUACUUGGAGCCUUUCAUCCUCCCCUGAGACCUGUGCCAGCCCCGAAGUAGACAUGAUACAGCUAGAAGGGCAGUCCAGCCCUUUUAUAGCUGUGCCACAAUUUGUAUAUGAGAGGCAAAACCAAAGGGCUGACCCUCUGGGAAAGACUGAAGACCGAGCAGUAAGUUCAGACAAUGAGAUGACCAGCCAGGCCAACCAGGUCUUCCUCUUUGAGGGAACUAGUGAGUUGGAUCACAUGGUAAAAGACGGGGUGACUGGGUACAACAGCAGAAGUAGAGAGGGUUCAGAGACAGCUGAUUGGAUUGAGCAACAUAGUGAUCAUUCCCCAUUCCUCCUGGUGAGCCAUUCACCCGUAACCCAGACCACUUCAGCCAGUCCUCUUUCAAGUCGAGGAGAAGCUGAUGGUGCUCAAGCCCAGACUGACCAGUCCUUUUCCUCAAGCCCUGUUCAUGACUCAGAGUCAGCUGAUCUGCUGAUCAGACCUUCCUCUGAGAGCCAAGUUAUCCCCAGCAGUGAUCUCACUGGUAUUGGGGAGGUUAAAACAGCAGGAACCAUGUCUCUGAGCUCCAGCUCUGGAGGGGAGAAAGACACACUGAAAUGUAGCCCCGACAGCCUUCACCCUGGUAGUUGUGAUGAACUCAGGUCCAACUCUGAUGGAGACUCAUCAUCAUGCCUGGAAAUGGAUUAUAUUAUUGUAUCUGGCACUGUUAAGGAAGCUGAGAGAGAGUGGGAUGAUCGACCUAAGCGUACUGAGAGGCCUUCCAAAGGACCAAGACACACCAUGGAGACAUUUAGCAUGCUUUCCUAUGCUGCUACAGUACUGAAAGCCCAGGCCCAAGCUGCACAUACAGGGCAUGGAGGCGACACAGAACAUCAUAGCCAAAAACAAAGUGAGCUCAGUGCAGAUGAAGCCGAAAAUCAACCUGUCUUAUCCACUUAUUACCAAAAAAGUCACCACCAUGACGCAGAGCAGCACAUGGAGCCAGAACUGACCAGUCUAAGCCAAUCAAAAAGUCCCUCUGAAACCUUUUGCCAGUCAGAUUCAAGACCGACAGGUUACAGCCCAACACAAGUAGAGGGAAACUACGAUGAUAAGUCAAACGUUGUGGUCAGGAGUGUUUCCCCGUCAUUAAGGUAUCCAUCAGACCACUUCCUGAAAACCAGGGAGGAGGUUUAUGUCCAUUCACAGAUCUCAAUGGAAGACUCAGAUGAGGGUGGGCAGUCACCCUCUGCACCUCCACCAUGCCCCGGUUCUUUGGGUGACUUUCAAACCUGGAGGGAUCAAACAGAAAGACAGGGCACACCUCAAACCACAUCUGAACCACAAUCCCCUGCAUUCAGCAACAGCUCAAUCUCCCACACCAGCUCCUCUGUUGGUACCCCGUUAAGUGAAUCAGGUAUGUCAGCUGACAAAGGACUGGGUUUACCAUUUUCUGGAGAUUUAAUGGAAGAGGAGAACGAGGAGGAAGAGCAGGAAGAAGAAACUCAUGGAGAUCAGAUUUCUCGACCACCGUGGAACUCAGAAAUAGAGCGUUCGCGAGAAGAAAGAUCGUCUGAUCUGCUGAGUUUCACUGAGGAGCUGAUCGGAGGGUCUUCGUUUCAACAUACAGAUUUACAAACACAAGAACCAAAGAGGAGGAUGAUCCAGAACAAGAUGGAUUAUCAUGGGGAGCAGCCAAUCAGAACUGUUAGUGACCAACAGACUAGAGACCUUGACGCUUUGCAGGAUAGCUAUUCGUCUCUUUCAAGGUAAGCAUGAGUUACAAUUCCCACUUCCCAACAUUAACCCUGAAUCACUCCAUGAAUCCCACAAAUCAGGCCUGUGGGAUGUGAAACAAAUUCAUGUAAAGUUUUCUUUCAUUUUAAUCAUUUUUAUUCGACCUUUAUGUAGCCAGGUCUGUCGAUCAGAGAGCUCCUUUCCAAGAGUGAGAGAGGGAAAUUAAUUUUUGCUAUUUAUUAUUUAUUUAAUGCAUCAAAAAUAAUUCAGAACACUGAACAAAAUGUGAGUAUUUAUAAUGAGACAAAUACAAAAAGACAAAAACAUUCAAAUUACUCUGCUUCUCUUUCCAUGAAAAGACAAUUAAAUACCUGUUGUGACCCCAGUUCACAAACAUAUUUAUUAAUGUGUAUCUAACUAUGCAGAUAGACUUGGUUUGUUUGGAUUAUAUGUCUUAAAGAAAUUUCCCCCCAUCCUCAAACUGUAAGAGUAAAUUUAAUUUUAUUUGUGUUAAUUUUGUCUCAUAAAGGAGGCUCUGAAGUGUUUUUGCUUUUGUUCACAACGGACCUCGAACUGUUUUCAGGCUGCCAAAAGCCAAUAAAAUCAGUGUACGAACACACAUGUGCGUACAAAUCCCCUUCUGGGACCCUCACACACCGACCUACACACAAUAACCACACCUUCCUUCAACCCUCAGCUCCCUGCUGGUUUUGAGUCUCUGGUUUCUCAGAGGAACAGGUACAUCAGAGGAUUAUUAGCAUCUUCGAACAGACUGUCAAAGUCGAAAAUCCUCCUGUGGAAUCUAGCUUGAUGAUCUGUGUGAGUGUGUGUGAGUGUAUCCAUGUGGAUGUUGUAGUGAUUGACGAACUGGGCCUGACAGAGAGGAUAUGUGAAUGAAUAUUAGCGGUGUGACAGAACCAGAUUGUGUGUGUCCAUAUUUAUUGGUGUGUGUGUGUGUGUUCGUGUGUGAGUGCAUGUAUUUCAUGUGUUUGGCAGCUAGCUUUCAUCUUCAGCUCAGUGUGUGUGUGUGUGUGUGUGUGUGAGUGUGUGUGUGUGUGUGUGUGUGUGUUUAUAAAUCUGUUUACGCCUCAUUAAAUAUGCAUUACCUGCCUCAUUACAGCUGGAGCCCCUCCACAGUUAAUGGAAACAGCUCCCCUAGCGCUCUUACAAGGUGUGGGUGUGAGUGUAUUUGCAACUCUGUGUGUGUGUGUGUGUGUGUGUGCGUGUGUGUGUUCACUCUUUAUUGUUACAGACUAGUAUUAUAAGGUAGGUUUUUAUAUGACUGAAUGGAUGUUGUCUUGUAAAGCAGAAUCUCUUCUUAUGGAGUGACAGAAUCAUUCAUAAAAUCAUAUUUACAGCUUUUAGCCUUUUUUCAGAAAUAUGUGUCAUAAUUUCCUCCUUAAGAAAACAUUUUUAAAAUUUGCAGACUCGUGAACCAUAAAUAAAUAUUCAUAAGAGCAAAUAAAAUUUGGAUCAAUGAAACAUAAAACACUCAACCUUAUUCACUUGCUGUAAUUAGACGUUUCUAGAAAAAACAAGCAGUUUAUGCAGCUUUUAUUUUUUUAAAUUUAUUCUUACUGCAGAACAAAAUCUAAGGAUACUGAAAAAUGCUUUUAAAUUCAAGCUGUCAUCUGCAGGCUAACCUCUCAGGUGCAGCUAACCAGACUGAAGUCAGCAGGUAACAACUUCACAAAAGCUAAAGGAGUGCUGUUCAGAGUGUGUGAACUGGCACAGACCUGUGGUUGAAACUAAAUCAUUGUGCAGGCGCUCUUAAUGUCUUAUGGCACUGGUUUCCAAGUGGAAGUUAGGAGACCCCUGGGGGGUUGUGAAAUACUGGUGCAAGAUGUCUUCCAAAAGUUGUGAAAGGUUCUUAUUAAUAUUAAAUUAAUCAAAUUAUUGUUAAAUGCAAUUUAAAACUAUAAACAAAUAAAGAACUCAAAAUUUACAUAAACGCUUGGCUUUAAACUAAUGUGAAACUGACAGACACGCCCAGAAUUACUGUGCGUCUACUUAAUAAAUACUGUAUGUCUCUUUUUAAACCCCUUUAAAUUGGUCUGUUAGUCAUUAUCAGUGUUUGUGAGGGCAAGAACUACCUCAACUAACCGACUCAAGUGUCAGUGGGAGUCAUGGGUCUCCUGCACUUUUAUUUUGAGGGUUAAAUUUGGGAACCCUUGUCUUCCUGUACUUGCCAGUUUAAAAAAGAAUAUAAAAUUUCAUACUACUUUUCAAAGAAUAAGCACUCUGAUGCUGUCUUCAAUAACUACACUUGUGUCUCAGUGCAGCAGAACAUCAGGACGCCCAAAGAACAUUUAAUCGUAUUCAUUUAAAUACCAAAUCAAGACAACAGUAAUGUUUGCUUUGCAUUGUCAAUGUUGACUUUUUUAAAAUGCAAAAUAUUGACAUUUUAAACAUGUAAUUAAAAGUGUGAUCAGUCGUUUUCAACCACAGAAGUUCAGCCAUUUAUCAUGAUGAAAAAGUGAUGAUUUGGCAGCCUUAAUCAAAAGAUGUAAUAAAUUCAUGAUUCAAAAGUUGCUGACUUUUGUUUCAGUCAUGCUAUGUUUGGUUGAAACUUCAAAAUGUUCACUUAUGAACACAAACUUUGCAGCUCUGUAAGAAUUCUUCAAACAUCAGUCAGAAUCAGAUGUUCCAUAGUUGUUCCAGAAAUAAGAAAAUGAGACACGAUCAGCAUCUCCAGCAGGAGAGACGUGGUAUUCAGUUUAAGAUCACAGGUGCCAACAAUGUUGAAUAUCAAGAUCAUACGGGACUUUUCAUAAGAACAAAUUCAAGAUCUGUGAUUAGUUUUGAGCUCUUCUGUUAAUUAAUUUGUUUUUUAAUUCUCUCUAAAUUUCUCCUUCUCUCUCUCUACUGACCCCCGUCCUAAAUUCUCCUAAAAGAAGACACCAAGAUAUGACAUUGCAACUUUCCUCAGAGCCAACCAAUGAGAAUGCUGCAUACCAGUGGACGGGAGGUCAGAGUGUAACUCAGGGUCAAACCCAACAUGGCUACAACUACCACCACAUCGACCAAAGAACUGAAAACCAGAGUGCCCACUCUGCCUGUGUAGGCGCAAAGCCCAGCAGCCAGCAACACGCCACGGAUGUCUACGCUGAGUUUACCACUGACGCAACAGCCCAGCACUUCCAAUCAGAGCAGGCCGAGGGUUACUAUGAACCUGGAGUCAGCGCUGAUGAUCCAAGAAACCAGUUUGAAUACACGUCUGAGAGCCAGCAUCCAGACUGCUCCAGCUCCAUGCCCACCUCUGACCCCCGGGGUUCACAGUACCAAGCUGAUGACACGGACCACGCUCAUUACCAACUUGAUGGACAGCCUCUGGACCAAUCAGAUACCCAGCCAAAGAGGGAGGAUCAUGCUCGCUAUGUGCCAGAGGGAUACGUUCACUUCCUCCUCUCAAGGUGAGCUUUUUUUGCCCUUACUUCCUCAUUGUUGCUCCUCCAGGUUCAGCACUUUGUUAGACCUUUAUUCUGAGUGCACCCCAGAUGAUAAUAAAUUCUGCUCCUGGAAUUGGCCUUCCCUUGCCAGCCUUCCACUUUCCAAGGCAAGUCCAAGAAGGGUAAUGUUAUUUCAGGGGGUGAUUUACAUCCUCUCGACUUUCUGAUACGCUUAUAUAUUAUUAUAGGGGCUUUUACAUCAGUGUGAGGUAUGAGAGACAACCUGUAUUUCUGGUUUUUCACCAGAGAGGGGCAGCACUGAGCUGUGACACUCUGACACUUCCUUUAAAUAGCUUAUAAAAGACUCUUUUGCCUGGGUAAGUCAGUAUCAAAUACCUGUAUGUAUCACUGCACCCUGUAGGAAUUAAAAAGGAUUUAAUAUGUGAUAAAGUUCUCUCCUGUAGACCAUUUUAAGAUACCUCCACAGGUCUUCAAUCAAUACUUACAUGCAUAGCUUGGCACAUACAGCAGUUUUCUCGUUGCAGUCAUUCUUUAUGUCUCUUCAAGUCACGUAAUGACUGCUCCCUACUAUAAAGACCAGAUUAAAACCAUAUUUCUCUUUCAUUUCAGUCUGAAGGAGUAGAGUAGAAAAAGAAAAACACAGGGUCUGUCAGUGAGGGCCUAACAAAAGAUGUGAUGUGGUGGGUUUGUGGAAAUAACAACAGAGAUCAAGCAAUACGAAGGCUUCUGCGAAUUGUUCCAUUUUCCCAUUAAGUCUGCCUCAUCUCUUUUUGUUCAGAUCAAAGUCCAAACCAUGAACAAUAGUGUAUUGCAUGUGCACGAUCUCAAUAAGGCCGUGCACACAUGCGUGGGUGUCUGUGUACACUGCAGUGUAAUUACUCCAUGGUGCUUGUUUUGCCCCACUUUGUAAUUCUGAUGACCCUCCAGUCGCCCCCUUUUUGGGACACACACGGCCCUCCCCCUUUUGUGUCUAUGUGUGAGAGUUUGCGUACAAUCACGGCGGACCUUUCCACAAUCGAGUGGUCACGUGAUUCGAUUGUGGAAAGAGCGUUUCCGUCAUUCAUGCUGGGAGAGGACAGGAAAAGGUUGGUGUCAUGAUGCAGAAUGUGUUUUUUUGUGUCUUUGUGUCUCUGAUCAUGUGUACUGCUUUCUGUGCACUGCUUCUUUCUAUUGUUAGCUGGCCUUAUGUUAAUCAGAAUCAGUUAGAGGGGCUUUAGUUGGGGGGAGGUAGCAACACUGCUCUGUAUUGUUUCCUCAGCCCACACGUGCGGGCUGGGAAUGAAGCAGUGAGUCUCUUUCUCUCCGUCUAUUUUGUCACUUCUGUGAUCGUCACAUGAACAGAUUUUUAGAGUCAUUCAGUGUCAUGGGAAAAGUUAGCAUCCUUUUCUUUGUAGAUGAUUGUCUUUGCCCUGUUUGGCCCUGUACUGUGUGUGGCUGUGCCUAUGGUGGCAGUGGCGGUAGCAUUGAUAGUUUACGUUGUGGCUCAUUAUUGUGUUUCCGUGCCUCUGAGCAGGCACUCCCAACAGGGAGACGAUGCAGCGGGGAUGAUGAUGAAGACAGCCUCCAGUGAGGAAGCUGCAGAGGAGAUGGAUAACAGAGAAGGUAAAUAAUUCUGCUCGUCGAAUCAAAUCUUUUUUUUCCUUGAGUGCUAAAGAUGUUUUUACAGGUUAAAAGUACGAUUAGAAGAACUUAAGUCAUAAACCAGUUUAAGGUUUGUGUGAUGCUUUAUUUGGAAGUUAUAAAAUUACUACUUGAAGUUAUUGACAAAUUCUUACAAUAUGUAUAAAAGUACUUGUGUCCAAUCUCUCUGCCACUUUGAGUUUUGUUCUUGAAACAUCAUUAUCAGAGGAAAUAUCAGUGAUUCUUAAUUUCCAGAGUGUCCAGAACUCUCUCAGAAACAGAUAAGAAACUCACUUAUCAAAUGAAAUUUUCUCUUCGGUCAGAUCCAUCCUCCUCUGCAGAUCUGUCAGGGAGCUCCAAUCAGAGGAGAAAACUAACAGCACCGCCUAUGGAUGUGUCCCUGGACCGCAGUGAGGGGUCCAUCCUCUCAGAGGAUGCUCUGGACACAGAGGAUGAGGCCUUGGAUACUGGUGACGACCUGGAUGUUAAUGUGGAUGAGCUGGACACCCCUGAUGAGGCUGAAGAGUUCACCCCACAUGGUCAGACACUCAGUAGAGUCCAUACUCCAAAACUAAACAAGACAAAGUAGAGUAAAGCACACUUACAGGGGCAUGCUUUGUUGUCAUAAACAGGAGACUCAGAUGAGCUGAACCAGGCUGCAGGAGCGGCGUCAAGUGAAGCGAUGGCAGCUCGCAGAGCGGCCGAGGAGAACAGAGAGAGCAGGCUGUGGAGGAGCGUGGUGAUUGGAGAGCAGGAGCAUCGCAUUGAUAUGAAGUGCAUUGAACCCUACAAAAGAGUCAUUUCUCAUGGAGGUAUGCAGACACACAUUUCCUGUUUUAUUUAAUCAGAUCUAAAGUAAAUUUGUUUCAGCUGUGAGAAAACCAGUGCAGUGAAAAGGCUCUGCACUCCUCAAUGUGAGUCUUUAUGCGCGGAAUGUGAAGAGAGGAAGGAGCGGAAAUUCCCAUUAAGACACCAAACCAUGACACGUGUAGGCUAGAAACUAUUAAACUAGAAGCUAAGCGAUACACAUUGAAUUAGGAGGUCACAGCUAACUACUGGAUAUGACUCAGCAGAACGAUUUAUACUUUUAAAUGUUUGAUGUUGGAGGAUUCAUGAUGUGCACCAUCUCUUAUUGUCUUUUUCAGGUUAUUACGCCCAGCAGAAUGCCAUCAUUGUGUUUGCGGCGUGCUUCUUACCAGACAGCAACUGUGACAAUUACAAUUAUGUCAUGGAAAAUCUGUUUCUGUAAGUGAAGUUGAUCUUCGUGGCCAAAUAUUUGUGUUUUAAUGAACAAGUCAUGAGAUCGUGUUACUGCUUAGGUUACAGUGCCCAGACAGCACAGGAAAAGUCAUUCCUCAAACUCUUCUUAUGAAGUUGAAAAUCCUGUCUUGUGUGUGAAACAUUCUGAUCUACCAACAUUUUUUUUUUUUACUUAACCUGCCCAUAAAAAAUCACCUACACCAUAAAAAUGUCUUGCUGUUGACAGGCUGUGUGUCAACAUAUCUCUCAAGGAAUCAGUCAAUCUCUAUUCGGCGUUUUUCUAUUAUACCUGUCUGUGUACACAGGUAUGUAAUAAGUACCUUAGAGCUAAUGGUGGCAGAAGAUUACAUGAUUGUUUACCUGAAUGGUGCCACACCUCGGAGGAGGAUGCCUGGAUUUACCUGGAUGAAGAGGUGCUACCAAAUGAUAGACAGGAGGUAAUUUUCACACUUAUGAAUGUUACCCCACCACAAACAUAAACAUAUUACAUCUCUCUAUUCUGUUUUACGAUUCUUUGAAUAGUUUUGGAUGUUUUUUUUUUUACAUUUUGUGGAGCUUUAGUUUGAUUAAAUAUCAAGGUCUUUUUACAGUCCAGUUGGAGCGUGGCAGGGAAUGAAAACAUGGUUAAUGUGUGAAAAAUUAUUACCUUGAAAGGUGACGAGACAGAAAUCUCAGAGAGGUCAAAGGUUAACACAGAGAAAACACAGACAGACAGAACUCAGUCUGUACUUUUGGUGUUUUGCUGAUUCUGGCCUCAGCUCUGGCGCUUGUCACCCACAGAGUUUCACAAGAAGGCCAGUAGAGGGCGUACCUGUCCAAAGCUCUUCUUGAUCACCAGAGCAGGAUAAACAUCAACCUGUUAUUUGACUGUAAAAAUGUCUGAGAUUAAAAGUGUAUCACUUUUCUCACUUUUUCAGUACUUUCCAUAUAAAGCAAACAGCAGUUCUCUUGAUAAGGAGAAUAAAAUACAGAUUUGUGACACUGAGUUAUUAGUGUCUGAAGUCGUCACUUUAUCACUUGGCAAUUUCAUGCAAGAAAAGAUGGAAGAGCACAUACCAUAAAUGUUGCUCAAAAUUCAAAAAGGGACAUUAAGAGUCACUGAAGCUCAGGACAGAGUCAUGCUCUGUUUCUGGUUUUUGAUGUGAUUGUCAGGAUGAGCUCUGUCUUUCUGAUUAGCAAUCUCCAGCAGAUCACGAUUAAACCACAAGCUCUGCCUCUCAGCGUCAUUCUCAGUCUAUUCUGGUAAAGUUCUCUUCAAACCUGCAUGCAGCAGCAGCAGAGGUCAGUAAAUAAAACCCACUCUCUUCAUUUCUCCACAGGCUAAAGAAAAACCUCAAAAUGUUCAUCAUCGUCCAUCCUUCCUGGUUUAUACGGACUUUGCUGGGAAUCACCAGACCCUUCAUAAGGUCUCAGAUUUUUGUACUUAAUAUUUAGAUGACAAACAUCACACAGUCAAGGUCUGAAUAAUAAUCUAAUAAGAGUUUUAUCAGUGAGACAUUAAGAGAGUAUUUCUCACCACAGCUAGAGUUUCCUCAACACUAUAUUUCAUUUUACACAACAGCAGCACAAAUCUAAACACAUCACCCUCCAUUAUCCUGUCGUUGAUACUGGACAUCUAGGAGCAAACUAACUGUAAAAAUCUCAAUAAUCUCACACAAACGGGUCAUUUCUGUUAUGAUUUCAGCUCGAAGUUCAGCAGUAAAAUCAAGUAUGUGAACAGUCUGCAGGAGCUUGGAGAAAUCAUCCCGAUGGAGUAUGUCCACAUUCCUCCCAGCAUCAUCAAGUGAGUCCUCUUGUGUUAUUUUUUUAAUGUAAAUAUGUGCUUUCGAAUACACUUAAUCCAAAAUUACUGUAUAAAGUUUGCAGUAGCAGGUUCACGCAGUCAAUCAGGAAAUCUGCACUUUUUGUCGACUUGCGGUGUGAAAAGAACGACAUAACGUCACAACUGUGUUACGAAAUUGACCAAAAGCGUCUCCUUCCUUGUUGAAAUUCCAAUGAAUUUUUUCCCGAGGCGAUGAAAACCUGUCAGUCAAGUCUUUAAACAAACAGCUUUUUUUUCCCAUCAGCUGUUUGUGGACUUGGAAGAUAUUUUUAUUUAAAUGUACAGAAGUGAUACAUGCUGAGUUCGAACAUCGCACAAACCUUUAAUUGAAAGCCCCUCAUUCAAGCAUGCUCUUACAACUCUCACUCUGCCCCAAGGUAUGACGAGGAGAGGGGUGUACACAAAUAUGCAUGUUUGAGGUAACUCACCUAACCUGCCUGUAAUGACCAGUUGGUUGCAUAGAAGAGUUUCACCCUGAACAAAGCCUUUAACGCUACUCUGAAUUUCCUUACGCUGGGACUAACCUGUGUCUGAUCUUUGGCUGUCUCCCUGUUCAACUGAAAAGAAUUCAAGCAAUGAGUUUCUUCCUUAUCUCGGUCUGUUAUGUGGCUGUCUCUGUUUCAUCUUUCACCUGUCAUUAUUAGAGAAACUCUUGUCAAAUAGAACUAAAUGAAGUAGAGAAGUUUCCACUAACAAUCAGAUGAAAAAGUAGCCUGUAACGCACGAAUGCAAAAGCAGAAAAGCAGAAAGAUUUGGAUGUUAAGUGGGAGUUAACACAUUUCAUCAACUCGGUUUUCCCAUGAUAACAAGUUAUUCCACUUAUUUACUCAAGAUCUCAACUCAUAUGAUCAUAACUCAUGCACAAACACAGAAAUAGACAGCAUGUCAAAGUCUGGCCCAGUACAGUACAGACCAAGACCAGUGAACACUUAAAACCAGGACCAGUGAUGAGUAACUAUGGCUGCUAGUGAUAAUAAAAUCAAAACUUUUCAGUGUCUUUUUGAAGACAUUGAUUAAAUAUUAAAGUUUAGACCACACUUCAUAAAGAGAUCUGCUUCUGUCACAAGACUGAAAGAUACUGCUGGUAGUUUUAUGUCACAUCUUAUAUCCAGUAUUUUGUAGCUUAAGCUCCUGCGAGGAGUUUUCUUCUUUUUCUUUUACAUCUAUAAAAUCCACUAAAAUUCACUCUUAUGACUUUUUAUGAUAUUUCAAAGCACACCUGACCAUCAGUGUCAUGAUUAAUGAUUUUUAUGUGAUAACUCCUAAUGUGUCUUCAGAGAACAGCCCAAUUUUUACAAUGUGUACAUAAAAUAAUCACAUUAAAUGAUAUAAUUGAUCAUCCAAAGUCAGCAGAAUGAGAUUUUUUGUCAUCAGACACUACUAAAACAUGUAAUUUCACUCUGCUUUUGACCUAAUCCUGGUUGGUUCUCAGUGGGCUGUUCUGCUUUCCAGAUGAACAGAAAAUGAUUUGAGUAUCAUAGGAAAACUAGCCUGUCUUACUUCUACAAAAUGAAUGAGAUACACUGAGUUGUUAUGAUAGGAAACCCAGGUUUGUUUUACUGACAUAACAAGAAAAACAAUCUAAGUCUUAAGAAAACAACUGAAGUUUACACAGUAUCACAGAGAAGCCACUGUUGGUACCUUAUGUUGAGAGGAAAGACCAGUGAAGAUCUGGAGCUGGAAAUUACUUGUUAUCACCAGAAAACGGUAAUAAAAUUAUAUGUACACAUGUUGACUUGAGCUUUCAUAGUUUAUUUUUACUUCUUGCAAACCGAACAAAAGCCAUAACUUUAAAAGCUUUAACAAAGUUGCUUUAAGUGUUCGGUUAAUUAUAUCUGUACGGUCAAAUUUAGGAAGAUAACUCGUUUUAUUAAGAUGAACUAAAUCUGCUUUCUCCACGGCUUCAUGCAGCACGUGAAACACUCUGUUAGUUACACAUCAGGGAAAUCUAAAAUUCACAUUAAUUCCCACCUCUGCUGUAUUACUGAGAGUCUCUGUGGAACAUUAACAUGUUAUUCAUGGGACUUCACAGUUGAUCAUUUCAUAUCGAUCUGUAUUUUUAAUAUAUGCACACUCAUUGGGUGACAAACAGUGAAGUGGAGAUAGUGGGGAUAAUAUAUAUUUAUCUGAAACUCUACCCAUUAUUCCAGCAGCCAUGUUUCUACCUUUGUUUUACCGAGCCUUGUGCCAAUGAGCAUGUUUUCAGUCUCAAAGUGUUGACUUGUUUUAACGUGAAUUAUUGCAGCUUUUCACUGGUUUAUUGUUGGAAAAUGAUUUCACCCUGUGCUUCAGACCUUUGACUUUGACCCCCCCACUUUACAGCACUGAUGCUUGUUGUCCUUUCCUUCCAUUUACCCUCCUAUUGCAACGUGGAUACAGACUACUAAUCCCCAGCAACUGCAUGUGUACUGACAUUAUGACCACCUUCAUUCACUUGUUCCACUAACCUUUGCCCUCUGCCCUUCACUUGAAUGCUAAACCAGACUGGAUACAGAAUUACAAGACACAGCAGCAAAGUAAGUGGGAGAUGAAUUUAACCCUGCAGCGAAUGAAGGAAUAACUAAUAUUCCAACAGUUACCAAUAACGUAUAUAUUAUAACAUAUAUAUUCAACACAUCUGGCGUUUAUCGUAAAGUUAAGUGGUAUAGUGGUUAAUCAAGACACAGAAAUGCUCAUAUUUGCUUGAAAAAACAACCUGAGUACUUGAAUUUACACAAAUGUAAUUUUAGAAGUGAUUUUAUUUUGAAAGAACAGGUCUUUGCACAUUUCCUGAAUCCUUCCUGCCGCAGAUGAAGUAACUUUUUCAACUAUUAAACCUUGUUAAUCCUCAAUGCUGGUCCUCCUACCUAUCACAAAAAGUAUUUGGGUGGUAGCAUUUCAACAGAGAGUAGAAAUGCCUCUGAAGUUUCUGUCUUUAGGAAUUGUUUGGCUGUUUUUUAUGUAACCUACAGAAAUAUUAAUACCUACGAAGUGUUUGGAAGAAUGAGUGGUUUUAAAAAGUGUGUUAAAGAGUCAACUUAAAGCAGACUAAAUUUUAAGCUGUUUUUCAUGUUUGUUGUCUGAAACUCGUAGCUGGUGUUCUAAUUUAGCUUUUGCUGCAGUGCACACUAUGAUUCAACCACCGGUUAUUUCUUGCACAGCCUGAAUUUUAAGUCCCAUUCCUUCAACUAGCUGACCUUCACGUCUUAACAAAAACAUGCAAAAACCCUCCCUCUCUCUCUUAUUUCUCUCCCACUCAGGGCCGACAGGCGAGGACACUCUGCAGUGUGACAAUAACAUGACACCUGACUACUGCCUUUAUCUUCCCUGCAUUAUGCUGCUCUCUGCUGCAGCAUAUCUAAAUACAAGACAGCCUACAGCAUGAUGUGUGUGGCUAACGGCUGAUACUCCCAAAACUAGCAAGGGGUAAGAGCUGUGGUUUGAAACAGCCGGAUAAUGUCGCUUGAUAAUGAAGGGAGGUGUGGACAUGAGAGAGCUGGACUGAACAUUGCAUUUGCAGAGCAGAGACUGUCACUGUGCUAAAGAGAAGUUGCUUUAUCCUGAACCUCUGUACCUUACACACAACUGGAUUUUGUUCCUGAUUUUGAAGCUUUUACUUUCCCGGAGGAUCCACUAACUGGCUUCUGCUACAUUUGUGUAUUAAUCCGGCGUGUCUGUUGCUCUGUACCUUUUUGCAACCAUUGUUACAGUCGGCUGUGAUCAUCUGACGCUACAGCAAAGCUAAUGACUCCUUCAUCUAAUAACCAGUUUAUGCAAACAGAUGUUAUACCACAGCUUACCUGCUCUUCAAUAAACUUUUGUGUUCGCUUUAGGAUGCAAUGUAGCUCUGUCACAAACUGGGGCAUUCAAUUAGGGCUAACUUUAUGUAGUCAAAGUUUACAAAAACAAGACCCACACACUGAAGUAAGAGUACCGUACGAGCCAAUCUUAUUAUUAUUUUUUUGGACUAGUUGGUUGUCUUAAUGUUUCUUCCUGUCUCACUCAACCCCCCCUCAUACAGUCUGUAGGAGGCUGUCAGUCAGCUGUUUUAUUAGCCCUGCAUAUCACUGUGAAAAAAAAACUGCAACAUCAAAUCAUAAAGGUAGCAAAACAGCAGUUAAGAGUAGCUGCAAAAAUAUGUUGCAUGCUUUUUGUAGGUACAGUUGGGGAAUUUUGCAUCAGAGAACUGCAGAACAAAAAUAUUAUUCAUAAUUUACCCAGGUUAUGUUUGUGUAUGAGAGAGACUGAGACAAACGGUUAGAGGAGGAAUGUGGAAGUUCGACUGUAUUGUUGAGUGAUGGUCCCAGAGGUGCAGUACAGACAGUGCCUACUGAAAAGGUCGGUCUCUAUUGACUUUUAUUGUGGGUUUUUUCUUACACUUGUAUUCAUUUGUUUGUGGCUUGCAAAGUAUUAAUUUGUUGGAAAAUAUGUAAAUGUUUUACCUCAUUAAAGAUCACUUCCUCCUCACUUGUCAA